AUGGACACAGCAAACCAAAAGCGAUGUGAACAACAAAAUUUGAUUAACACACUGAAAGAAAUUCAACGAGAAAACGUGAAUAGAAGAAUAAAUUGUGGACAGGUUAAUCCCAAAUCAACCCCCAAGAAGGGUAACCCUUGUUGUUCACUAUCACCUGUGACACCGACUACCUUGAUCAAGACCAACGCUUGCGAAAGACAGAAAUUACCGAGUAGAAACAUAUGCACCACCGCCCGAGAUGAAUGUGACAGAUCUGAAUUGACCGCGUAUGGAAGAGAGUUUAUGGCGAACAAUGGAAAAUUGGUUACUAAGUGUGAGUGUGUAAAAUUUAAUGGUCUUCAAGACUCGUGUCGGCAUCCWGGAUGUUACCUCAAAAAUGGAUGCUUAGACAAUCCGUUCCCAACUUGUUCGCCAGCACAACAGUGGAAAAUCGAUUAUAAUUCAAAGAACAAGAAAAACAAUGGAUGUUAA